AUGAGAGAAGUUGUAAGAAAAUUGCAUCGUGCCUGUAAACACAAUGAUAUUCAGCAUGUCCGUGAUAUUCUCAAAUCGUUUACAAUAGACGAUUUAAAUAAAGCCGAGAAGUACGAAAAAACUACUGGGCUUAACAUUGCAUCUUAUCAUGGAUAUCAUGAAAUUGUUCGACUACUUCUCGAACAUGGUGAUUUUAUGACAAAACGCAAUCAAGAUGGCUUCACACCGUUUAGUCAAGCGAAAGACCAAAAAACCAAAGAAAUAUUUUCUCAGUAUCAGCGUGUAGUACCCCGCUUCGCUGGUGAUUUGCUCGAAUGGACUGUAGCCUAUCGAGAACCAGCCAUCAAAAGAGCUCAGAUUCGUCAGUAUCUUGCUCAUAUUCAUUUUAUCAGUGGUUCUUUUGCAAGGAUUUCGUACCGUUAUGUUGGUUGCUAUCUAGCACUUGAAGGCUUCUCUACUGAAGAAAUUGAUCAACUCGAGUCAAUAGGAUAUACUUCUACUGAUGGAUUUAUUUGUGCCUAUACAAGUACUGGUCGCUUUCACAAAUACAUCAAUCGUCAUUUAGCCACAUAUGCAUUGACCUAUUUUGAUUCGUCGUUUCACAUAUCUACUCCCUAUAGCUUCAUUUAUUGUCUUCUCAGUAUUGUUGCUAUGAUUUUAAAUGACAUUCGUUUGCGGACAUCAUUUAUUGGACAUAUCUAUCGUGGUAUGUUGAUGACACAAGAAGAUCUUUAUAAAUAUGUGGUCGAUUCUCGCAUUCUCAACACAGCCUUUCUUUCAACAUCAAAAAAUCGUACCGUAGCCGAGAUAUUUGCUGGUAUUAAAGAAUAUGAAAUAUCGUCGACACAAGAUUCUACACAGAUCAAUGUUCUUUGUAUAUACAGAAUUCGAAAUCAAAGAACGGCAUAUGAUAUUGAACAGCUGUCCAAUAUUCAGGCCGAAAGUGAAGUUUUAAUUUUCCCAUUUUCGGCUUUUCAUGUCACUCGCGUCCAAAAGACAUCAUGUAGCAGUGUAGAAAUCGACUUGGAAGAGUGUGAUGAAGAAAACUGGUCGGAUAAUAGUGAUGCAUAA